AUCUAUCGCUGGUCCCCCCCACCACCUCCGGCCGAGUCUACGCGCUGCUCUUGCCCCCUCCCUCCCCUGCCUUUCCCGGAGGGGGCUCGGCCCGGGGGGAGGGCAGGCGGCUGGCCCCGGAGGAGGGGGCGCGCCGAGGGGCCGCGGUUAGAAGGAGCAGUAGCAGCAGCAGCAGGAGAAGAUGCUGAGGAUGCGGACCGCGGGGUGGGCGCGCGGCUGGUGCUUGGGCUGCUGCCUCCUCCUGCCGCUGUCGCUCAGCCUGGCGGCCGCCAAGCAACUCCUGCGGUACCGGCUGGCCGAGGAGGGCCCCGCCGACGUCCGCAUCGGCAACGUCGCGUCGGACCUGGGCAUCGUGACGGGCUCGGGCGAGGUGACUUUCAGCCUGGAGUCGGGCUCCGAGUACCUGAAGAUCGACAACCUCACGGGCGAGCUGAGCACGAGCGAGCGGCGCAUCGACCGCGAGAAGCUGCCCCAGUGUCAGAUGAUCUUCGACGAGAACGAGUGCUUCCUGGACUUCGAGGUGUCGGUGAUCGGGCCCUCGCAGAGCUGGGUGGACCUGUUUGAGGGCCGGGUCAUCGUGCUGGACAUCAACGACAACACGCCCACCUUCCCGUCGCCCGUGCUCACGCUCACGGUGGAGGAGAACCGGCCGGUGGGCACGCUCUACCUGCUGCCCACCGCCACCGACCGCGACUUCGGCCGCAACGGCAUCGAGCGCUACGAGCUGCUCCAGGAGCCCGGGGGCGGCGGCGAGGGCCGGCGCGCGGGCCCGGCCGACAGCGCCCCCUACCCCGGGGGCGGCGGGAACGGCGCGGGCGGCGGCGCGGCAGGCUCCAAGCGGCGGCCGGACGCGCCGGAGGGCGGCGGCGGCCCCGGCGGGCGCAGCAGCGUGUUCGAGCUGCAGGUGGCCGACACCCCGGACGGCGAGAAGCAGCCGCAGCUGAUCGUGAAGGGGGCGUUGGACCGCGAGCAGCGCGACUCGUACGAGCUGACCCUGCGGGUGCGCGACGGCGGCGACCCGCCUCGCUCCUCGCAGGCCAUCCUGCGGGUGCUCAUCACCGACGUGAACGACAACAGCCCCCGCUUUGAGAAGAGCGUGUACGAGGCCGACCUGGCAGAGAACAGCGCCCCGGGGACGCCCAUCCUGCAGCUGCGCGCCGCCGACCUGGACGUGGGGGUCAACGGGCAGAUCGAGUACGUGUUCGGGGCGGCCACCGAGUCGGUGCGGCGGCUGCUGCGCCUGGACGAGACGUCCGGCUGGCUCAGCGUCCUGCACCGCAUCGACCGCGAGGAGGUGAACCAGCUGCGCUUCACGGUCAUGGCCCGCGACCGCGGCCAGCCCCCCAAGACCGACAAGGCCACCGUGGUCCUCAACAUCAGGGAUGAGAACGACAACGUGCCGUCCAUCGAAAUCCGCAAGAUCGGGCGCAUCCCGCUCAAGGACGGGGUGGCCAACGUGGCCGAGGACGUGCUGGUGGACACCCCCAUCGCUCUGGUGCAGGUGUCCGACCGCGACCAGGGCGAGAACGGGGUGGUCACCUGCACCGUGGUGGGCGACGUGCCCUUCCAGCUCAAGCCGGCCAGCGACACAGAGGGCGACCAGAACAAGAAGAAGUACUUCCUGCACACCUCAGCCCCCCUGGACUAUGAGACCACGCGGGAGUUCAACGUGGUCAUAGUGGCGGUGGACUCGGGCAGCCCCAGCCUCUCCAGUAACAACUCCCUGGUCGUCAAGGUGGGGGACACCAAUGACAACCCGCCGGUGUUCGGCCAGUCGGUGGUGGAGGUUUACUUCCCGGAGAACAACAUCCCCGGCGAGAGGGUGGCCACGGUGCUGGCGACAGACGCCGACAGCGGGAAGAACGCGGAGAUUGCCUACUCCCUGGACUCAUCUGUGAUGGGGAUCUUCGCCAUCGAUCCGGAUUCCGGGGACAUCCUCGUCAAUACGGUGUUGGACCGUGAGCAGACUGACAGGUAUGAGUUUAAAGUUAACGCCAAAGACAAAGGCAUCCCUGUGCUGCAGGGCAGCACCACGGUGAUUGUGCAGGUGGCUGAUAAGAAUGACAAUGACCCUAAGUUUAUGCAGGACGUCUUUACCUUUUAUGUGAAAGAAAACUUGCAGCCCAACAGCCCUGUUGGGAUGGUCACCGUGAUGGAUGCUGACAAAGGGCGGAAUGCAGAGAUGAGCCUGUACAUAGAGGAGAACAGUAAUAUUUUUUCUAUUGAAAAUGACACGGGGACCAUUUACUCCACAAUGUCUUUUGACCGGGAACAUCAGACCACGUACACUUUCAGAGUCAAGGCUGUGGACGGGGGAGAUCCUCCCAGAUCCGCCACAGCCACCGUCUCUCUCUUUGUGAUGGAUGAAAAUGACAACGCUCCCACAGUUACCCUUCCCAAAAACAUUUCCUAUACUUUACUGCCACCUUCAAGUAAUGUCAGGACAGUUGUAGCUACAGUGUUGGCAACAGACAGUGAUGAUGGCAUUAAUGCAGACCUGAACUACAGCAUUGUGGGAGGGAAUCCCUUCAAACUGUUUGAGAUUGAUUCCACCAGUGGUGUGGUUUCCUUAGUGGGAAAACUCACCCAAAAGCAUUAUGGCUUGCAUAGGUUGGUGGUGCAAGUGAAUGACAGUGGGCAGCCUUCCCAGUCCACCACGACUCUGGUGCAUGUGUUUGUCAAUGAAAGUGUUUCUAAUGCAACUGUGAUUGACUCCCAGAUAGCCAGAAGUUUGCACACCCCACUCACCCAGGAUAUAGCUGGUGACCCAAGCUAUGAAAUUAGCAAACAGAGACUCAGUAUUGUCAUUGGGGUAGUUGCUGGCAUUAUGACAGUAAUUCUAAUCAUCUUAAUUGUAGUGAUGGCAAGGUACUGCAGAUCUAAAAAUAAAAAUGGCUAUGAAGCUGGCAAAAAAGAUCACGAAGACUUUUUUACACCCCAACAGCAUGACAAAUCUAAAAAGCCUAAAAAGGACAAGAAAAACAAAAAAUCUAAGCAGCCUCUCUACAGCAGCAUUGUCACUGUAGAAGCUUCUAAACCAAAUGGACAGAGGUAUGAUAGUGUCAAUGAGAAGCUGUCAGACAGCCCAAGCAUGGGGCGAUACCGAUCAGUUAAUGGGGGGCCUGGCAGUCCUGACCUGGCUAGGCAUUACAAAUCUAGUUCCCCUUUGCCUACUGUCCAGCUUCAUCCCCAAUCACCAACUGCAGGAAAAAAACACCAGGCCGUACAAGAUCUACCACCAGCCAACACAUUUGUGGGAGCAGGAGACAACAUUUCAAUUGGCUCAGAUCACUGCUCUGAGUACAGCUGUCAAACCAAUAACAAGUACAGCAAACAGGUGGAUUCAGUGCAGACCAUGAACCCCUCUGGCCACAUUGAGGAAUCGUGUAAAAUGAAUGUAUGUGCUCGUAAGUGAAAUACAUGCCAUGUUCCAACUCAGUAUGUUGGAUCCUAAUAGACCUGGAUUUGUCCUGUGUAAAAAGAAAUCGAUCCCCAAGGGGCAGGAUCACUAGCUGAUUAAAAUGAAGCUCUGAUUUGGAAGAAAACAAAAAUGGCUUUAAAAUAAGAUCUCUGCAAAAAGGAAUCAAACUAUACUUUGCAAACAAGUGAAAAAAAAAAUCAAGCUCUCAAUAUGGAAUAAAGGAGGGAUGUGAGAAAGGUUUUGCAGUCUUAUCAAUUACUGUGGAGAAAUGGAAUCAGAUAUCACCAUACUCAGGAGUAUGAAAAGACAAACAGGAAAUCCUUUUUCUUCGGUUUACACUUGAAUGGACUCAAGCAAAGAGUGGAGAUAUGUAUCCUGUUACUGUUUAUAGUUUAAUAAUGUGGAGAUUAGUAUAUACGUGAUUUCAUUUGCCUUGCCUAAAUUAAUUGGAUGCAUUAUGUAGAAAUCACCUGAGCCUGUGCUAGAUCAACAAAGAAAAUGGAAAUGUAUACCUCAGGACAGAAAUCUGAGAAAAUUAGACAAUUCAAUGCUGUUUAAUAAGCCGCUAAGAAGAAAUACUGAUGCUAAUCAGGGAAAGUGAGAAACUGGUGGACAUAAGAGGAAAUAAAAUGCCAUUCUUAUACUUGCUGAAACAUAAUUUAUGAUGAUGUAAAAGCCGAAGACAGAUCACAAUAUAUCUCACAGACAUGUUAUACAAUUUUUGAUUAAAUUUAGGGUUAAUCAUGUAAGUGUUCAAGGAAUGUAUGACCAUUAUAUCAAUAGAAAACUGGCCUUUUAAAUUUGUGGUCUUAUGCAUUUAUGUAUGCAGAGGAGGGUCUUUUCUAUUUUAUUAAGGAUGAGUUGCAUGUAGGAAGUACCUCUUUGCAUUAUAGUUACUUGCUUAAUCAAAGAUACUGUAUAAAUAUAAAGUCUAAUUUUUGUAUGAGUGUGAGUGCAUAUGUAUGCAUUUUUGUGUGUGUUUAUAAGUGGAUGGAAGCAAAAUUUAAUGAUUAGCUUCUGCACUUUGGCUUGUUACCUAGAAUGUAAAGAGGUAGAGUAAACUGUUUUAAGCUAUUUCAUCUGUUGUCAUUAUUAGAAUUUAUUAUUCACAAAAAAGCAAUUCUAAAAUAGAAUGAUUACUGCAAAGAUUCUUCAAUUAAAUAUAAUAUUUAAUGCAAUUGAGCCAUUUAAGUUAAGUGGUACUGAUGUCUGGAAAUGAUGAAAGUAGGCCCACGUGAAAUCAGUCUACAAGAUAGUUGGAAAGUCGUGUUAUACUCUUUCAGGCUGCUUUACUCCGUGCCAGGAUGUGAACCGUGGAUGCUCUUAUGGAAGACUCUGGAGAAAUAUUUACGUUCUAACUAUUACGUUUUAGUUCUACCAAUAAGUUACAUGUGCUUUUCACAUUUUUCUUCAACCUAAAUUAUAUAACAAGUAAUCAUAUGUAGGUAAAGUAGUGAAUAUUUAAAACAGAUGGACAUAUUUUUUGUAGUCACCAUGUGCCAUAAUAAUUUUGAAGCUGUUGUUCUCUGCUAUUUGUACUCAUUUCUCUUUAUCUUGAUGAUUAACUUUAUAGUUGAAAUUUUCACCUCUUCUUUCUGUGUGACAAUCAGCUGCGGUUGGUCCUCUAUAAUAUUACAGGGAUUUUUGUCUUUAUUUAUGGUAUUAUAAUAAAUUAUAAGUCUACAAACUGUAUAAUUCUACUGUAUUGAAUAUUUUUCUGUGACCAAAAUAAUAAAGAAAACCCUACUUUAUAAAAUGCCUAUUAAAAUAGGCAUGUUAAAUAGGCAUGUUAAAAUAGGACUAUUUUAAUAGUCUCCUAAAACAUAAACGGGACAUAAGAUAGGUUUCUAUUGCUGGUUUUUAGAAUAUACUCUCCACAUCUUUACAAUUGGAGAGUAAAGCGUUUUGACACAAGAUAAAGAGAAAAGGUUUGACAGAGAUAAUUGCAAGAGUAUGUGGUAAAGAGUAAAACAAUCUGAACAAACUACAAGUCUUGAUGUUCAGUUUUGCCUUGCCAUCAAACAGCCGACCCUAGGGGUGCAGUGUUUGAAUUCUCAGGUUUUCAUCUUGGAUUUGGGUUUCCACUAUCAGUUUUCAGAUCAUUUUAAUUCUUAACUUCAAAGGCUUUGAUAACUUAGAAAUAUUAUAAACUGGUAUUUAAUACUUAUCAAAUUAAUAUUCAAUAGUGCUCAUCUGUAUUAAGAGAAUCACAUGCUGUUUUCCACUUAAAUUGAUCCAAAGCACAGCACAUGCCUUAAGACCAAGGAAAAAUAUAAAUUUACAGUUGUUGUUACUUUAGCAUUAGUUUAACCUAAUGGAAGUGUAUACCGAGGUAUAUACAUAGUCAUGUUCUGGGAUCAAUAGGUCCCCUCAAGUUAAUGAAAGCAAGCAGUACCCUAGUACAAAAUAAUGCAGUUUUGUAACAGAGGGAACCUUUUUAUUCUCCAUUGAGUGGAAUGCAUUCCUGACAGAAUAUUAAAGUGUGAGAACCAGGUUUUCUUGCUCUUUACCCCCCAAGGGUUGACCAGCACACGAAGGUGUCUGUGACUUCAAAGGCAUUUCUGAACUUGGAUCAGCCUGAUUGAGUUCAGAGGAGAAGGAAACAGUCACCCCUGAUGUUUAUUGCCGUAGGCUCUUUUAUCUAAUAGCAAUUCUCUGCUUAGGAGGGGCAGUAGGCAGAAAAGUCUUGUGACUGUUACAAUUCACGAUUAAUGUUUAGUCACAAAGUGCCUCACACUGAAAAUAGUACUUUUAUUUUAGUUUCCCGCUACUACUCCAACUGGGAAAGGUCAGGGAAACAGUAGGAAGCAAAGUGAAAGCAUAUAUGUGAAGUGGUUUUUUUGUUGUUGUUUUUCUUCAUUGCAGCAUACUGACUUGCAAAAUAGUGUCACUUUCAGAAUAACAACGGUGGCAUGGAUAAUCUUCAGGGAUCCUUAUUUAAAGCAUUGGUCACAUUGAACUUUUUUUCUCUUAGAUGGAACUGCUUGAGUUAAUAAAAUUUAUUUUUGUCACAUUUAUUCCUUAUUUUACAAGAUUAGAAACUUAAAUAGGAGACUUGCAGACUUCUACCUACUAAACCUCUCUUAUGUCCAUCUCUCUAAAUAAAACUUCUACUCUUUUCCUCUUGCCUCUAUUUGAAACAAAAAAAAAGAGGAAGAAUAAACUUUCCUAAAGGAAUGUUUAUCUAUUCUUUAUCUAUCCUCGAUUGCAAGCAAUCGAGCAACUAUGAAUGAAAAUCACCAUUGAAAAGUAUUCACUUAACCUCUUUUGGUAAAUUAGUUGAACUGAUCUUGAUAUUUCUUUGAUAACUUUUGAAACUUAAGUAACCUAGAGUCAACUCUGUGUAGAUGAUGUAUUGGUUGCUCUCUUUCAUAUUCUUAUCAACUUCAUGAGGCAGAUAUUAUUAUUGUCUUAAUAACCCAUCUUACAGAUGAAGAAAAUGAGGAACAGAGUUUCAGUAACUUUGUAAAGCUACAGAAAUAGCAGGAGGUAGAGCCCUGUCACUCUGAUUCCAGAGGUCACUCUCAACAGAUGGAACACUGAGCUUUAAUGCCAAACAGUACUGUAAAUGGGGAAACAAAUGAGAUUGUAAAACUAUGUGGGGGUACAGAGAUGAAUUUUGUUGUUCCUUAGAUCACACAUCUAGUAGUUUGAAUGAAGCAGACUCAGCCUGCAUGACAUAAACGUGAAAGCUGUUCAGAAGUUGUAGUACACAGAAAUAUUGGGCAUAGAAUCUGAUAUAGAAGAAUCUGCUUUAAAUACUGUAGACAAGAAAGAAGGGAAAUUCUUUUCCAAUUUGCUUGCUUUGCAGACUCAACAUACAUCACCUUAAAUAUAUACUAUUUGCAUCAAAAACAUUUUGAAAAUGAAGAUCUUGCUGCUGGAAUCUAGGAGGACUAAGGAGAAUGGCCACUGCAUUUUUUUCAACAGGGCACGUUCAUGACCUCAUGGGAAUAUGGCCAUCCAGGCUAAUUGUUGCGAUGUCAUGUGCACAGUGGCAAAAUGUCAUAGUGGUUAAAAGUGCAGUGUCUGGAAUUCAGACUGCUUGGAUUUGAGAUGUGGCUCAUACAUGUUCAAGUCGAGUGACCUUUGGGCAAAUUACAUCUUACUGCCUCCAUCUCUUUAUGUGUAAUGUGAAGUUAAUAACAGUAUCUACCUCAUAAAUUAGCUGUGACUGUUAAGUGAGAUUAAUCCAGACAAUGUGUGGAUGACAUAAGAUGACUUCAAUAAACACUGGAAUUAGUCAUUUUCUUCUUAUUUUCUUUAUAAUCGACAUAUGAAUAAUGUGUAAUCAUUGCUGACUUAGAUGUUCACAGGCCAAAAUAAACCCAGUAUCACUGUGAAAAAGUGAAACACUUACAGAAAACGUAACACCAAGCCUUCUGUAUUCUCUGUAUAUUAUGAUGUGAAACUCAGCAAAAUUGGACAGAUACAGAUUCUCUAAGGAAAUUCAUCGGUUUCUGGCCUGCAAUGAUUCAAAUCUUGGAGCUCUGUAAGCUCUAAUUUUUUCAGACAUAGACAAGUGAAAGGAUACUGUGAAAGGUGAAAUAAAAUCUUUGUCAGAAACCAAUGAUGAAAGCUUCCAAAAGGUCAAGGAAUAAGUUUUGAAGAUCACUUUAUUCACAGUCAUAAAGGUAUAUAAUUUCCUCUGGUUUUUAGUAGCUUAAAAUUGCGGAAUCUAAGAAUUAUAAAUUAUGUGUAAUAUUAUCAUAAAAAGAUAAUACUGAUUCUGAUAACCAAUCCACACAUAGUUGUUAUUCUUUGCAAAUAUUUAAUAAGUGUCUAUUAUGUAUGAUGAGCUUUUUAAAAAAGUUCUUCAUUAAGUAAAAAACAUGCCACAUUUAUUAAGUGGUAAGAUUUGGAUGUAUGAAAUAUAAACAAUAAAUACUUGCUGAAUUGAACUGGAUGAUUCAUAUCUGAAAAGUCAGUGGCUUUUAUUGGAAAUGUAAUAAUUUAUUAACUAAGAGUAGUGGAGAGAAUAAAAUAAUCAGUGAAAAUGUUCAGUUUUGCCCGUUUGAAACUACUUUUUGAAAGAAAUAUAUUGAUUAAUAAUUGUGACUGCAAAAUGUAGUCCUCAGAAAUGACUCUGUGGUCUUGAAAGCACACAACCAUCGCUUGUGAAAUCAUGAGAAUGUUGUAUUUGAACUACAUAGCACAGUUUAGCAACUGAGCAUCUGAAAGAAAGUAAAGCCAACUUCAUAUUUUUGUUAUGUUAGACCACAAGUUUCAAUAAUUUUUACAUUUUUUUUUUUAUGAAAGAGCUGGCCUCUCUGUAUUUUUAUACAUGUUAAUUCCACCAUAAUAAAUUAUCUUAUGCUACUUUUUGUGAGGUUCUAAUAAGGAAAUAAUAAAAUUAAUGUGAUUAAAAAUGAAUAUCUUCCUAUCCUAUAUCCUUAGAUAUUAGGGGAAAAAUUAGCAUUUCCAAUUUUAAGAGAUUGGAGCUCUGACAUCAGGUACAGCUCACCCUGUUUUCUAAUUGCUACUUACUGCCCAAUUAUGUCAGUGAAAAUUCCAUCUCAGUAGGAGCUGAGGUAGAUCCAGGUCUCUAAUCUUUCUGUGCUGUGUGUCUAGCUGCUAAAGGCGGGUCAGCAAGGGAUUUUUCUCCCCUAUGUGUCAAGCUCAUGAAAGAAGCAGACUUGUGUUAUGUGCAUUCCAGAAAGAUCAGAAACUGCCUCCUGAUAAUACAUUUCAAGUGGGUACAGUGUAUUCUAACUUUCUGCUGGUUGACUUUUUAAAAACCCUGCAUAUUUAUUAAAUAAAAAUUAAAUAAAAAUGUAUGUCAUAUUUUGAACCCCAAAUUGAAAGCUGAUUGUUAAAAUCAUGCAAAUAAUUGAAAAACUUAUGUGUUAAGAAAGACAUUGAUAGUUUUAAGGAAACACUCAAAAUUAUCAGGUCGGCCUUUUAACUGUUCAUCAAUGAACAAUCAUAAAUGCCUUGCUAUUUAGAUUGAGAAGUUUGUGAAAAUGUUUAUGAGGCUGACUUCCAAUUAGUCCUACCUUAAGAGAUGUUGUAUUCAAAUGAAUACCAAGGAGUCUGUGAACAGAAAAUCUUUUUAUCUUUCAAUAUCCCAUUUUUAAUACUGGGAAGAAAUGUAUUAUAUAUCUUGAAUUAGGGCUGUAGCCAUGUGCUCUUGUCAUCUGAGAUUAACAUUUGGAUUAAAGAGCAUGAUUAGAGGAGUCUAAAUUAGUGGUUACCAAGUUGAAAUGAGACAAAAGUUAAAACAAAGUAAUACAGCAAUCUAUUUCAUGCAAUUUAUUUCUUAUACCAGUUAAUUAGCCCUUUCAUUAGCAUGAUGUUUCAUGUUGUGACCUAAGCCAUUGUACUCCCAAUGGAUUUAAUGAAGACAAUGAAAAAAAGAAAGCGUUAGAAUUGUUGAUGACUAUGUCACAUGCCAGCAGAAUUAAAUAUAAUUCUUCAUUAUAAAAUACAAAAAUACACAUAUUCUUUGUUCCUGAAUCCAGAGAAGAUUUUUUUUUAAAAAGGCAUUUUGAUGGCAUGAAAAUACUUUCUGAAUUCAAAGCAUAUUAAAUAACUAUGUGUACAAUAGAGUUAAAUGAAGUACAUUUUAAAUUCCAAAUGACCACAAAUCAAUGCCUAAAGGAUUCACUUAGAUACAAAAGAAGUAUCUCUCACUAUUUUGGGAGGAAACAUAAAAGAAUAUGUAUAAGGAUAAUCAUAUUUUUGAAUAUAUAAUGUGAUUCAUGGGAUUCCAUUAAGGACCAUUGAAAUUACUUACAAAGAACAGCAUUCUGGAGAGUCACAAUGGAACUCUGCCUUAGGACAGGCCAGAGGAAAAGAAAUAUGCAUGUCACAAAUAAUUUAUCAUGUGUAGGACAUAAAGGGGUUCUCUGAUUCCUCCUCCCCUCCCCAGUGAGAACACUUUCAAAUUAUGUGUGUUUGUCUUCAUUACUUGGGAUGGAAGUUUCUGCUGAGCCAAAGACAGUCAUCUGCCAGAAGAUUGGUUCUGCCUUUUCACAACAACAUAAAGGAUGGCCACAGUCGUUAUGAAAAUUGGGCUAUAAAACAUAGCGGCAAACUUCUGAAGGUGUUUUACUCUUCAUUUUACAUUGUUCAUGAUUCAGAACAUGCAAAGAAAUGAAAUACUUUCAGGAUCUGACUUAUUAGUCAGAGAUUGAGUCAAGCUUGCUUUCUCAAUCACUAAAAGCUGAUGGCUUCCUGUUUUAUGGCCGAGUACUUAGACUAUUAGUUCCUUUGGGUUUGUAUAGCACAGUAAGUCCACAGAGGACUCUCUUUUUCCCCCUCAAAAAUGGUCCAAAAAACUUUUUUGCAGUUAAUAUAUAGAUACCAUUUGGAAUUUAACUUUGGUAUUGUUAUGUAAUUCACAGGUAGUUCAUUGUACCCAGAACUAUGUACCUAUAGAUGUCUAAAUUCAUUCUUAUACAAAACCUUUAAGGAGGAAAACAUUUAAGAUUUUUUGUUUCCUUGUCUCUUUUCUUUGUUUAACACAUCAAUUCAAACGGCAACCUUUUUGUUUAGUAGGGAUUUUUGGCAAAUGGCAUAAAAAGUAUAUAAAAAGUAUGGAAUUGUGUUUAUUUGUUUUGUUUUGUGAUCAUAGCUCACUGUAGCUUUGAACU